CAGGGUUCCUGACUGAUGGUUCUGUUUGCUGACUCAGCAGGAUCCAGGUCCGUGUUCACCAGCUCCAAACCCGACACCAGCAGACCCAACUGGCUGCGAGUGGGCCUGGCCUUCGGGGCGUCGGCCUUCCUCUGGGCUCUGCUCUUCAAGCAGCACAGCUCGGACGUGCGCGAGUACAAAGCGAGGAACGGCCUGGAGUGAAGCAGGGAGAACAUGCAGCCGGCCGGGGGACGUCCUGUGGACGGAGGCGGGCAGCAGGACGUCCCUCCAGAGAGCUGUCAGUGUGUCGUAUUUAAGAAGCGGUGUUGGAUGCACGCUGGAGGAUGAGUGUGAGAACUGUACUGAAAAUAAAGCGUCGCUGUUUG